AUGACCCAUUUGGUUGUCAACAAUUUUGUAGAAAAUGUGGUUAAUGUAAACGAGAAUAAUAAUGGUGUUAGAAAUGAUUUUCACAGACCUUUGUCGGACCCAUUUACACUGACUGAACAAAUGUUCAUAAAAAAUUUUCGUUUAACCAAACAUCUUACACAAUAUGUGAUUGAUUUAUUAAGACCAUUUCUUGAAAAGCCAAGCCGUUUGUCAUCAAUUGAUAUUGACACAAAGGUGCUAGUUGCCUUAAACUUUUUUGCAACAGGCUCAUACCAAACACCGGUUGGCAACAGUAGAUAUACUGUACUGUCACAAGCGUCAGUUUCCUGUUGCAUUAAAGAGGUCGUAACAGCACUAAAUAAUCCCUCUAUUUUCAAUUCAUGGGUCAAAUUCCCGCAUACUAUUUGUGAGCUCAAUGCAGUUCGUCAUGAGUUUUAUCUUAAAACUGGAUUUCCAGGCGUGAUUGUAUGUUUGGAUUGUACCCAUGUUGCUAUAGUGCCCCCUUCAAAAAAUCUUAACCUUGAGGAAAACAAGUACCCUGAGUACAUGUAUGUGAACCGGAAAAAUUAUCACUCGAUAAACGUUCAGCUAAUAUGUGACUCAAAUCUAAAAAUUUUAAAUGUUAAUGCAUUAUUCCCCGGUAGUACACAUGAUGCACAUGUUUGGAAUAAUAGUAAUGUUUCAAAMACUCUUCAGGAAUUACAUUUCAGAAACUUUAACAACUUCUUUUUAUUAGGAGAUUCUGGUUAUCCGCUACGGCCUUGGUUACUCACACCAGUCAGACCUAUAACACACCCCACUACUGCAGCUGAGGAACUUUAUAAUAAUAAACAAAUGUCCACAAGGAGCAUUAUAGAACGAUGCAAUGGUGUACUCAAAAUGCGUUUUAGGUGUCUCUUCAAGGAUAGGGUAUUACCAUGA